AUGCAUACCAUAAAUCUUGAUGACGGUAGUAACAAAAUAACUGCUGAAUGUUCAAUUAAACUAAAUGAAGCUAUUCGCUACAUCUCCAAAUCCAAAAAGACAACCGUGAUCACGGGAGCAGGAAUCCUGUGUAAUGCAGGAAUACCCGAUUUCCGAUCCGAAAAUGGUUUAUACAACAUGGUCAAACAUAAAUAUCCUAAACAAAUUGUACGAGGACAGGAUUUAUUUGAUAUCAAUUUAUUUCGUGAUGAAACUUCAUUGGAAAUUUUUUGUACUUUUAUGGAACGAUUAUACCAUUAUAGCUUAUUGGCUAAACCAACUGAGUCUCAUAAAUUUUUAAAGCAUUUAAAGGAUAAGGGAAAAUUGUUGCGAUGUUAUACUCAAAAUAUUGAUUCUUUGGAACAAAAUGUAAAUUUAAACUUGGGGAUUAAUCAACUGGAUUUUGAAAAUGAGCAAAAAGCUAGUGGUGCUGGUACUGGUGCAGGUAAAUUUCGUCAAUUUUGGAAUAACUUGGAUGUGGUUCAGCUACAUGGAAACUUGCAUAAAUUAUCAUGUACUAAUUGUUUUGCUGAAUUUGAAUGGAAUAGUGAAUUUAAAACCAUGUUUAAUCAAGGCGUCAAUCCAGAAUGUUCCAAUUGUUACAACAAGUAUCAACAACGAUUAUACCAAGGGAAAAGAAUGACAGGACACAUUGGUUUGCUAAGACCAGAUAUUGUACUUUAUGGAGAAAAUCAUCGACAACUGGAGAUCCUAAGUCAAGGAUUAACUAAUGAUUUGAAAAGUAAGCCUGAUUUAUUGAUCAUAAUGGGUACUUCUUUGAAAGUAGAUGGUGUAAAGAAACUAGUCAAGAGUUUAAGUAAACAAAUUCAUGAACGUGGAGGUAAAGUUUUGUUUGUCAACAAGACAAAUUUAAGUAAAAUGUGGCAUCAAUAUGUGGAUUAUGAAAUAUUGUGUGAUUGUGAUCAGUUCAUACGGAUAUUGAAGGCAGAAAUACCCGAUUUAUUCUUGACUCAAGAACAAUUGGAUUCAAAGAAAUUAAAGAAUAAAGCCCAUGAAGAGAUACCUAUGCCUAGUGAUGCAUAUAAAUUGAUCGUGAAACAAGAGAAAGAUGAAGAGACUGAAGAUGUUAAAGUGAAACAGGAGAACAAGAGUGUUCAAAUUAAAGUGGAAUCUGGAUCGGCUGAGUUAUGCUCACCGUCAUCUACAUCACCGAUACGAAUUAAACAAGAGAUAACAAAUGAUAUUUUAACUCCACCUGAUACCCCAACCAAAAAAAGGAAAAGAUCGUCAUCUUCACAGCAACAGAGCCAGAAGAAACAGCCAUCAUUGAAACGAGAACCAAGGGUGAAACUAGAAAAGAAAGUGGAACAUAAAGAAGACGGACGGAAGUUAAAACGACCAAGAGGUGGCUCCUCUACAAAUGCGUCAGCAUUAGACACAUCUGCUACAGUGGCUGCUGUUGGUAAGGAGGCUGCUGCAUAUAUGACACCACCUGCGUCAUUUGAUGAAUCAAUACCGUUGAAGUUGUAUUCACUGCUGCAAUUGAAUCAAUGCUGA